GGAGCAUACUCCCACAAUGCACUAUACCGUCCCGCCACAGACUGACAAGUUUGCAAAUUUCAAAUUUCCGCAGGUUUUGCCUGUUGAAACAUUUGUUUUAGCGACUGAAAGGUGUACAUAGGUCGUUUGGAGAAAAAUGGAUUCCCAAACUCACGAGCCGAUGACGCUAGGGUCGCCAACUCACGGUCCGAGCGCGGGAGGAGCGACGUUCCUGCCCGGGUUCCUCCUGGGCGAUCCUCCGGCAGCGCCUUCCCCGAGUUUCGGAGCCGGAAGAACGUGGUCCUCCCCGCAUCAGCUGAGCUCCAGUUUCAGCAGGCAGCAGUCAGGGAGCACUCCAUCCUCCCACGGACCGGGCAGUGGGCUGGGGCGGUCCAUGAGCCUCCAGUCCGGCAGCACCCCCGGGUCGGGACACACCCACCUCACCCCUCGGUCAGACCGACUGGAGGGGAAGGGGACGACACUCCACAGUGUGUCUAAGGACAAGUCAGGAGCACCCCCAGUCCAGGGGCUGUUCAGUCAUUCCAGCACCCCCACUGGUUCCGUCUUCAGAGGUACCCCAGAAAGACAGCAGCUGGAAUUCACAGUCAACAGGACACCAGUUCUUACAGGUGUGGCACAUACCACUCCAUCAGGAGGGGUGCUCUUCAGCCCCGGACCCACUCCAGGUGUCCAGAAUGUCCCAAAGCCCAGCCCCCCAUCCCCCGCCCAGACUGACCCAUUCUACACCCAGGGCGAGGCCCUGACUGCAGAGGACCAGUUGGAUGAGACGUGGGUGACAGUCUUCGGCUUCCCGCCUGCCGCUACGUCCUUCAUCCUACAGCAGUUCUCGCAGUACGGAAACAUCGUCAAACACGUGAUAGCAUCCAACGGCAACUGGCUCCACCUGCACUACCAGUCCAAGAUGCAGGCUAAGAAAGCCCUGAGUAAAAACGGAAAGGUGUUUGGUGGAAGCAUCAUGGUCGGAGUGACGCUGUGUAUAGACAAGAGUGUCAUGGAACAGACGGUUGAACCAAGCACGGAAUCUAGCAGCGCGGUGUUCACUCCGAUAAGACCCAGGCACCAGUCCGAGGGAGCCGUAUCGAGGCAUACUCCCAUCAGGCCGCUCACGGCUGCAUACAAGGCAGCUAGCAAUGAACAUGAAGUCGUGAAUGACUCAAAAACACCACAGAAGAAUGGGAACAUGGUUUACAAAGCAAUGGAAUAUAUGUUUGGAUGGUAGAUGGAUGCACUUUCCCCUUCCUUUUGAUUAUAAAACAAUACAGAUAGAGCACAUCAGUCUUAUAUCUUUAUCUUGUCUAUACCAUGCCUAGCAUUAAGGUAGGCUUCUUUCAGCUAAAUCACAUAGUAAGCUUCAUCACUUCUGUCAAAAGACAAAAUCCCAUUGUAGUUUGCCCUUGUCAGUGUUGGGUCCAAAGAGAAAUUGGCAAGAAAAUGUCAAUUCUCCAAUUAGGAACAAUGUAUCAUAAUCAUCGAUGAAUACAUUUUUACAAAAGUGUAUCACACUGUAAUGGCACAUCAUUUUAUUACAUUUAGUAGUUGCUUCAUUUUCUUUCGUAGGCAGGGCAGAGCAAAUGGAUUAAUCAUAGCCAAAUCCAGAUAUGUUUAGCCCAUUUAGAAUCAUAUAAAUCAUAAAUUGUUCAAUCCACACCACCAAUGCACCUGUUCUCUUUCGAUGAGCUAAUAUUAGAUGUUUCAAUUGUGCAAUCUCACAUUUUACUGAAUGGGAUGGGAUCGCCACUUACUGGUGCUACAACUAUAUAAUCAAUCUAUCAAAGGAAUCUAAUCAAUUCUCUUGCUUCUCUUAUGGGUCUUUCCACCAGAUGCCCAGGAUGAGGCUUUUUAAAGACAGUGUAUUUUCUUAGAAUCCUCAAAGUCCUAGUGCUGCUGAAUGUGAGGGAAGACUCCACUUGUCAUUUGUCUAGCAUUGUAUGUUUGUCAGUAACGUUUUCACUGAGAGAAUGAAACAAAGAAUGGUGUAACCAUGUAUGUAGCAGUUUUUAUUCAACUCAAAGUCAAUUUGUCAAACAACAGAAUAAAAUAAAGACAUUUCCUUCACAUUA